UAUAGCCAAGUACAACUGGUGAUAUAGAACAUUAUUUCAAAUAACAAGAAAUUAAUCAUCUACAAAGAAAAACAUUAAUUAUUUUUUUCUUUCAAAAAUAAAACAUAAACAUAAUUCCUAAUCAGCUAAUGAAUUACACAUUCACCAGUAUUUUUCCACCAUUCACAACAAGUAUAAUAGCAUUAUUAGCAACAACCGUAUCAACUGCUACACUUGGUGGUAACAUUGUAGUAUUAAUUGCAUUUUUUGUUGAACGUUCAUUACGUAUACCAAGUAAUUAUUUUAUAGCAUCAUUAGCUAUGACUGAUGUAUUAAUUGGUUUAUUUUCUAUGAAUUUAUUUAUUACAUAUCAAUUACUUGGUUAUUGGCCAUUAGGUCAUUUAAUUUGUGAUUUAUGGUUAUCAUUAGAUUUUUCAGCAUGUCUUACAAGUCAAUAUACUGUAUUUUUAAUUACAUUAGAUCGAUUUUGUUUAGUGAAAAUACCAGCAAAAUAUCGUAAUUGGCGAACAUAUAAUAAGGUACGAAUAAUGAUUUGUAUAAGUUGGAUAUUUCCAGCAACAUUAUUCACAUUACUUAUAUUUGGUUGGUCAUAUAUAACUGGUGAAACACAACGUGAUAUAACUAAAUGUGAUGUAUCAUUUACAUAUUAUCCAAUAUUUAAUACAACAUUAACUAUAGGCUAUUUUUGGAUUACAUUAAUUAUUAUGUGUAGUUUAUAUGUUGGUAUUUAUAAAGUAGCACGUAGAUUACAAAAAAAAUCAUUAGAAAGUAAUAAACGUUUAGUACAAUUUUUAACAAAAGUUGAUCAAGAUUCAAUACAUUCACAAAGUAAUCAAAAUUCAUUAGAUGAUAAUAAUAAUAAUAAUAAUGGCGGUAAUAAUGAUCGGAAACAUUCCAAAUCAAAAGUUAUUAAAGGAAAUAUGAAACGAUAUCGUGAUCGAACAAAUAAACAUUUUUAUUAUGAACCUAAAUCAAAUUACAAUCAAUCAUUUGAUGAUGUAAUGGAUUGUAAUUUUACAUUCAAUAAAAAGUGUAAAUAUGAUCCAAUUCAACGAAAUUUAUUGACAGCGGUUGAUGAUCAUCCACAUAACUCAUUAAAAGAAUCACAUUUCAUCGAAAUUAAUUCAAAAAGUAAUUAUCCUAUAAAAAACAAUACAAAUAAAUGUCAUUUUGAAUAUGGAAGUGAAACUAGUGGUUGUUCAACAUUUCAUCCAACAAAUAAUAAUAGUACUGAAAGUAAAACUCAAUUAUCAUCAAUCAUUGAAAGAUCUCAGUUACUUUCAACUAUAGAUGUAUCAAAAAAAUAUGAAGAUAUAACAUUUAAAAUUUCUAAAAAUGAAUCUUUAUCUUCUAUAUCUGAUGAAUAUUUCUCAUUACCAUCUGUAAAUUUUUAUAUACCAUCACCAAAAGUUCCUAUAUCAUCACCAAUUCAAAGUAAUCAAUCAAUAUCUUCAAAAUAUAUAGAAUCAGAUAAUAGUUCCCCGGUAUGGAUUAAAAAGGAUGCUUGUUAUGAUUCUGGUUUAAAUUUAUAUGUAUAUGAUAUAUGUCCACAAUUAAUGAAAUGUCAAACAUUUAUUCAUGAAGGAAAUAUUUGUCAAAAUAGUAUCUAUUUAUCGGAUUCAACCUCUUGGAAUCAAUGUAUUCAAUCAUGUUGUCUGUUAGAAAAAUGUGAAUAUUCAGAUUAUACAACAUCAAGUGAUGAUCCCAGUUCAACAUUAUAUAAUCAAUCAAUAAUUAAUGACCAUUGGUGUCUACGUUUUAUGAAUAAAUGGAAUAAAUCUAAACGUGAUCGAACUAUUAAAUCACCUUAUGUAUUCAAUCAAAUAAAACAUAAUUCAUUAUUAUGGUAUAAAUCUAAUGAUAAAUCAUAUUUAACUGAAUAUCAACCUAAUUCUAAUGUUAAUACUGAUCAAGAAAUAUGUCCAUUUUGUCAAAUAAAUAAAGAUAAUAAUAAGUUUAUUCAGCAAGAUAAAUCAAAACAAAAAUCUGGAUUGCAACUAAUAGUAGAACAGAUCAAAUUCAAAGUUCAAUAUUGUUGUUGUUGUUGUUGUAUUCUAUCAUCAAAACAUAUAAAUAUUCCUUUAAAUAAUAAUCCAAUACAAAUUCAAUCAAAUAGUACAACCAAUAAUAGUAAAACUAUACAUAGUAAUGAUAAUAGUGAUAAUGAUUGUGUAACACAAUAUAAUCAAUUAAAAAUUAAACAUAAUAAAUUAUCAAUUAAAGAUAAAUAUAAACAACAAAUUAAUUCACAAAUACAACAACAACAACAACAACAACAACAACAACAAUUACAACAUAGAAAAUCAUCAAUAACAACGAAUAAACGACAAACAACCUUUUCAAUAUUUCAAUCAUUAUCUAAUAUUGAUAUGCAAAAUCGUAAACAUGCAUGUAAAGCAUUAAAAACAAUUAGUCUUAUAUUGGGCGCAUUUAUGAUAUGUUGGACACCAUAUCAUAUAAUUGUAUUAAUUAAAGGAUUUUGUGAUGAUAUUAAUACGCAUAAUAGUUGUGUAAAUAUUCAUUUAUAUAAUCUUUCUUAUUGGUUAUGUUAUAUGAAUUCACCAAUUAAUCCAUUUUGUUAUGCAUUAUCCAAUAUUUCAUUUAGGCGAACAUUUUUUCGAAUAUUACGAUGUGAUUUCCAAA